GUAGUCAGGCAGACAUAACAAAGUCGUCCAAUCACAAAAAAAUCUGAAAGGGGAUUUUUGCUGUAUCUUGGCUCAGAUGGUGGUACUCAGCACUGGUUAGUUGGUCCAGAUGUCAGAGGACCAGCGGCACCAACGGGCUGAAGCCUCCCAGCGGGGGGAGGGCAGUCUGGAGGCGGGGGAGGGCGACACCGAGCCCAGCAUGCUGCUGCAGAAACUCAAGAGCAACAUCUCUAAGAGUGUUCAGGCCAAAGUGGAUCAGAUCCUGCAAGACGUUCAGCGUUUCUCUGACAAUGACAAGCUAUACCUGUACCUCCAGCUGCCCUCUGGACCCAGCUCUGGAGACAAGAGUGGUGACUCCAGCUCGUUCAACACAGCCGACCAGCUUCACACCUGUAACUGGAUACGCAGUCACCUGGAGGAGCAUUCAGACACCUGCCUUCCCAAACAGGAUGUCUACGAGACAUACAAGAGAUACUGCGACAACCUCCAGCAUCGUCCUCUGAGCGCCGCCAACUUUGGGAAGAUCAUCAGAGAUAUUUUCCCCAACAUCAAGGCCCGACGGCUUGGCGGCAGAGGACAGUCCAAGUACUGUUACAGCGGCAUCAGGAGGAAGACGGUCCUCAACAUGCCUCUGCUGCCCAACCUGGACCUGAAGAAUGACCCGGCAGAGCUGACAGAGCUGGUCCAGACCUACAAACAGGAAGUGACAGAGGCGGCGUGCGAGCUGAUCUGUGAUUGGGCACAGAAGAUCCUGAAGCGUUCGUUCGACACGGUGGUGGAGAUCGCUCGUUACCUGAUCCAGGAGCACAUCGUCAACCCUCGCUGCAGCCAGGCCGAGCUGGUCACCUCCGCAGCGCUCGCAGGAGGCCCAGCUAAACCCCACAAGGUCAUCAAGAAAACCCCGGUCAUCUCCAAAGCUGAGGGUGAUGGAUCUGCAGAUCAGAAGAAGGAACUCGGAGACUCGUCCUCCUCGUCUUCAGUGAAGCCGCAGCCUGGAGACAAGUCAGCAGCAGCAGCCAAACCCUCCUCCCUAGACGUUCCUCCUCCCUCCUCCUCCUCCUCUUCCUCUCUGCGUCCUGCGGUGGAGGCCUUCAUGAAGCAGUUACCCAGAAUCCUCCCUCGGAGCUCCAUCCCUGAUAAGACCCAGCUCUCGGUCCGCUCCUCUCCGCCUUCGCUGGCACCCAAAGAUGCCUCAGGUGUUGGGGGGGCGUCUGGACCCGGCGGUCCAGCCGCUGCCGCCGCCGCCAGCGGAGGUGGGGUGAAGGUCAUCGCCAUGGCAACGCUGCCCCAGCAGCAGGGCGGGCCUGUCCCAGUAAUGAUCCUGCCUCAGGGCUGCCUCUCCUACGAGCGGGAGAAGGUUGCCCCGCCUCCACCUCCUCCUCAUCCUCCUCCUCAGCAGCAGCACGCCCCAGCAGCGCCCACCUCUGUUGUCCAGAGGGCACGAGGGAACGCCACCAAACGCCCCCUGGAGAUGGUGACAUCAGGCGGUGCAGCAGGGGUGUCCAGUGGCUCUGCUGCAAACGCCCCGCCGGUGAAACGGAAACGUGGACGACCGAGAAAACCUCGGCCGGAGGACGCCCUGCCUGCUCCUCCUCCUCCUACUGCUGCUGCUCUUCCUGCUCAGCCCCCACCUCCUGCACCUCUCUCCCACCCUCCCAUCAUCACCUCCCUGACCGGCGGCGUUAUCCAGAAAGCCUCUUCCUCCUCGUCCUCCUCCUUGCAGCCGGUACUGGAGCUGGUGAUCCAGGACCAGCCCGGGCUGGUUCUGAGUCAGUUGCCGGCGGUGUCAGAGCACCGCGGGGUGCUGGUGCAGUGUCAGCCUGGCGGGGCGGCCGAGCCAGACUGCCAGAGCCGGCCGCUGCUCCAGAGUCCGGGGAACCCCAGCUCGGAGCUGACGGGGUCGGGACGGACCCCGAUGGUGGAGGUGAUCCAGAAAGCUCCGAGACCGAGCAAUAACAACAGCGGCGCCGCUCCUCCACCUGCAGCACACUUCCAUCGUCCUCAUCCUCCUCUUCCCCUGCCCACGCUGCACGAGGAGCGGGGGGAGGUAACGCUGACGCCGGUGGAGCUGCCCGUCAACCCACCGCUGCCUCCUUCCACCUCCACCUCUUCUUCUUCUGCUGCGCCUGCCUCCUCUCCCUCCAUCUCCUCUACCACAGUGGUGAGGAGUGCGGAGGAGGAGGGGGGAGAGAGCAGCAGCACCUCCUCAAAGAGAGAGGGACACUAGCUCUCAUCACUCUUCUCCCUCCUUUGUCUUUUUUAUUAGCCCUUCUCCCUUACUCAGCUUUUACCUCAUCUGCAACACGGCCCCGCCUCCUUACCUCUCCUCUUCCUUAUUGGUGGAAAUCCCAGAUUGGUGACAGCAGAGAGCCAAUCGAGGAGGAUAAAUGAAGCCAAAACCUCGACACGCCUUCCUUCCACCGACUCCCAUUGCACUUGUAAACAGACUGGACACUGUUACAAACCUGUGAUUCUUUAACUGCAUGUCUCUCUGUCUGUCUGUGUGUCAACUUGUGGCUGAAACCAGAGCGACGACUCCUCAGGUGGACGGGCCUGAAAUCACACCUUCCUCUCUUACCCGGCUUUCGUCCUUCCUUGCCUCCUCGUAUGCUUACUCUCUAAACUAAACCCAUUUUCUGUGCUGAGGUUUGGUUGUCUGCUGCAUCGCUUCCACAAUUUAUGGAAAAAAAUAGACAUAAAAGAUUGACAUAAAGGAAGGAGGAAAGGUGAAAGAAAAGAGGAAGAGGGGAAGGAGACGUGUUGAGUAUUGAAUCAGGCCCUAGACGGAGUUCAGCCUGAAGUCGAUAGAUACAGUAGGUACUACGGGUCAGAGCCUUGUAAAGGUUCUUUGUGCUAAAUACGAAAGACAUGACCUCUUUAACAGAGCUCGGCCUUGAUUCACCUUCAGUUCAUGAAAAUAUUGGAGAAAACAGAUUUGAAGAUGUACCUGAGAGAUUCUCUCACAGCUGCAAAUUUCCUCUGCCUGUCUCAAAUUUCUGGGAUUUUACGGCAAUAAAAAUAGGUGUUUUCAAGCUUAGAAAUGUGUAGUAACUUGACGAAAAUUCUCCGAAAUGUGAGGAUAGAGUCCAGUUAUGUCUUUAAAACGCUCGAAAAGCUAAAAAGGAAAACUUGCAGCAGCUGUUGUUGGGGAAAAAAAAUUUUUUCAAGUUUUGAGUUUGACUUUUUGAUUGAAUGUGAAUCGAAGCUCAGCUCUGCUCUGCUCCUUAAAGAGUUCCUCUCCUAGAAACAGCUUUGGUUAGUUGUGAUGUUGUCAGUGUUGGUUUAGUAGAUAUUUCUGAUUGUGUGUGUGUGUGUGUGUGUGAGAGAGAGAGAGAGAGAAAUAGAGGUAAAUUUCAAGGCUCUAAUAAUUACCCAUCACCCCAAAUAGUUGUGUAAAACGAGCCAUUUCUAAUGAAAUUAGAGCUAUAUUAAAAUUAUUUAUUAUUUUAGGUUAUUUAUCAGAAGCACCUGCUGGCCAACAACGAUACUGCAUCAUUUGGUCUUAAAUUCAUUUCAUUAGAUUUCAUUGAGUUUGAUGAAAUUAUAUAAUUCAAAGCAAAUUGACAGACAGCACAACACCUCAUGGGUGUGUGGUGGCUGGCAGCCACGCCUGGCAUUAAUUUACAGGCUUCUCGGUCCAGCAUCAUUAGGUCUGGGGAUCAUUUACAUCACCACAAUUAGAGCUGCAACGAGUAGUUAAAAGAAAACGAAUCACCAGCUGUUUUCAUGAUUGAUUCAUCAUGUAAAUCAUUUUCAAGCAGAAUUCAAAAUAUUUGAUGGUUCUGAUGGUGCUGAUACCGUACCUGAGAUCUGGUACUGUCUGGUACCAGUCGGGGACACAAACACAUAUUUUUUAACUGCAAUGACCUUUCACUGAUUGAAAUGACAAAUAGCUCUGGCAGCAGAUUAUAUAGACUGACUCUAUAGGUUAUGUAAGGAAGACUUCAACAGACAUGGGAUACAUACUUUUUUGCAUUCUCUAUGCGAGUUAGAUGUAAAGACUGACACCACUGUCAUGUCUGUAAAGUAAAUAAGAAGCUACAGUCAGCAGCCGGUUAGCCUAGCUUAGCAUAAAGCCUGGAAACGGCCACCACAAACCAGCCCCUCUAGAGUUCACUGGUUAACAUGUUAUAUCUUGGGACUGUCUCAGACAUUCACUGUCAGGCUUUGUCCAACAGUGUUGGAGAAUAUUGAAUUCUCAAUCUCACCUAAGCAAAGCAAGUCUAAAUUCAAGCAGCCGUACAAGACAACCGUCUAAAACUGGUGAAAAGAUGAUUCCCUGUAAACCAGAAACUGUUUGAUGAGAGAAUAAAUAAACAAGAUAAUAAAUCUGACCAGAAAUCCAAUGUCAGGCCACGGACACAUUUCAGUCAGCACUAAAGUAGGACAGAGGUGUGAUUCCCAGCCCUAAUGAUCACAGUGAGACUCGACAGCGUGUUUAUAAAACAUGACUUUUCAUUUUAAGUCUCUUUACCCUUUUAUCCCGAGUUCUAUCAUCCUGAUAGUGAGAUGCCGAACUUUUGAGACUGACAGUAGCACUUAAUUUGCCCCAACAUGCCCCCAUCGCUUCAAAAGGCCCCAGCGGAGCUCGCUGCCAAACAAACAUUAGUAAAACAAAUUGUGGUAAUGUGCUCGUCUAAUGGCGGCCUUUGAGGUUAACGGAAACAGAAGUAAAAGUUUGAAGUUCGUCCUUUCCUGUUGAAAAAAAAGGUAUCAGCUCAGGCACAAAGAGCAAAGCACAAAGUUACCUGCCAUGUAGCGCUAAAAGCAUGUUAAAAAUGCUGUAAAAGAUGACAUGUCAAUCAGGAAUAUCUGCAUAAGAUUAGCUUCCGUAGCACUGAAGCUUUAGUCUACACGAUUAGCCUGCUUGGCUGUUGUUCUAAGUUGCCAUGCGCCCUUUGCGCUAACUUUCUGGUCACUGUCUGGAUCAGCACUGCGACAUAACCAUUCAGAGAUACCGCUGUUUUUUCUAAUUCCCGUCGUUGACAUAGGCUGCUAAACCACAAUAAAUCCCACCUGACUGAGCGACAAAGAGCAAUCAGACACUGAGAGUUGCGAACUGAAAAUAGACCAAAUCUCCAAACACAAGCUGUUAUUUUUAUUAGAGAAGAAAAUCUACAUUAAAAUGAAAUUGUACUUUUCUUUUUUGUUGACUUGUUCUACAUAAAACUCCUCCAAAAAUUAACUCUCAUCUUUUUGGUCUCGUUUUCAUGCAUUUUAAAUCCUCAGUCCCUUCAAAACAUUAAGUGUCAAAUUAACUAGAUAAUCACUGGCGGAGUUAACGUUGUCUCUUUAAUGGACAUUAGAGCUGAAACUAUUAGUAACUGAUUGGUAGAUAAACAGAAAAUUGACAACAAUCUUGAGCAAAAAUGCAAAACUCUGAUUCAAGAUAUUCUGCUUUCUCUGUUUUCUAUCACAGUAAACUGUAUCUCUGGGUUUUGGACUGUUGGUCAAACAAAACACGACAUUUGAAGACUUCUCUUGAGGCCUCAGGACAUUGUUAUGGGUUAGUUUUUACUACUUUCUGACGUUUUGUAAAACAGUUUCAUCUAUUAAUUGAAGAAACAAUUGGCAGAUUAAUCGAGAAAGAAAAUAAUCACAGUUAUUAUUGUGUUGUGUUAUUCACAGUGAUUAUUGUUCAUAUAAGUAAAUUAAUUGUUUUAGGUUAUAAAAUGUAAGAAAAUGGUGAAAAAGCCGAAGGUGACAUUUUCAAAGAGUCCAAAACAAAAAUAUCAUGAAAUUCUCACAAUUGAUUGGUAUUUUUGCUUCGACAUUAACUAAGUCAAUUAAUCUAUUGUCAAAAUGAGUGACAGUUAAUUUUCUGUCAGUCGACUAAUCGUUUUAGCUCUGAACAAAAGAUACCAUGAAUUUAAGUAGAAUUUAAAAAGAAGCAGGACCAAUAAAUGGGUUUAAAGUUCAGUUUCUGCUAUCCUGCGACAAUCAGGAAUGUGUUUGAAAACAGGAAAAACAGUUUCAUUCUGUUCAAACUCACCAGAAAAGCACUUGUAUUCAUCAGACAACAAACCUGCCGAACCGUCGAAUUGAUUUGAUUCCUGCUCUUCUUCACGGGUUUCUGGAGGAGGAGUUUGGUAAUGUCACAAUGCUGAUGCUUGUUCUUCAACUCUUCUGCCAAACUGCCUCUCGCUCCGCGCGAGGGCAUCUUCUUCAUCAUUGGUGCUAAAAACCACAGGGCUUGGUGUCGCCGUCGGCCCUCGCUGUUCUCCCUCCUGUGAUCACAGAUUUGUACAAGAAAAAAAAAAAAGUUUUUGUUGACGCUUGCAUAGUGAGGUGUGAAUACAGCUGUGUGUGUGUGUGUGUUUGUGUGUGUGUUUGUUCUGAGUGUGUGUCGUCGUUUCCGUCCGUCCUGUGACAACGAGUGCUUCAGGUCAGUUAAAGGGACGCCAAAAAAUUCUGACUGUUAAAAAUCAUACUUGUUGCAUGAUGGGAAAGUGAGUUUUACCACUUGUCCUUUGCCAUGAAGUGAGUGUAGUCUAGCUUAUACGCUUGCUACUACAGUAUUACCGAUAAUUUAGAAUUAAAAGGUGUGCUGAUGAUAUGUUAUAUUAUGUCAUUGUUUAUCACUAAAGUGAAGUGCCAGCAUGUAAAAUUGUUUCCACCAGGUGGAAAAAGGCCUCGACAAAAAUGUCUCUGUCUCCCUUUAACGGCCAGGCCUCAGCCCUUUUCAGACAGAACUGAAACAAAUGAAAAGUUGCACUGUUAAAAAGUAAAACAAGAGAAAGUCCUUGUAUGUUAUGAAUUUAUUGUUAUAUGCAUUGAGAAAAUACAUCGACAAGUAUUUAUGAGUGAUGUAACGUUCUGCUUUAUGCUUGCACUCAGCUAAGGACCGACCAAGCAGCGUCGGCUUUAUUUUUUAUCUAAAGAAUUUGGUCAAAAUGAUACUCCUUUUUUAAACUGUUCAGUAGAGUUUAGAAGUAUGAAUAAAGAGGGAAAUACAUUCUGUUAUAUGAAACUUGCAGUAACUGGAGAGAUUUGGAGAAACUAGACGGACUGUUUAAAGCAACAUUUCACUGUCCUUAGACUUGAUUUGGGUCUUGUUGAUCUGAUCUGAGACUUGAUUUGGGACUUGUUGGUCUGACCUUAGACUUGAUUUGGGUCUUGUUGGUCUUGACUUGUUGAUGUAUUUCAGAAAGGAGAUCUAACUACAUUAAAACUUCCUUUGAAGCAUACUGUAGGGUCAAAGAAAUGAGAGCAACUCUUUAGACAUCAGGUUGUCCAACGAGUUGCUCUGUAAUCAAUCGGAGGUCUACCUCUAUUGUCCUCAAUUGCUGACUGGGUUUAUUAAAGCCCUGUCAGAUGUCCACAAUUUGGUUGAGAAGUUGCAGGGAGAUGUCAUGCUGCGCACUGAUUUGUAAGACGGAGCGUAUUCAUCCAGAAAGACGAUGAGAUGUAUCCCAGACCCGGGAUCAAAGUGAAAUGUUGCUUUUAGCGUCUGACUCUGCUGUCGAUGUAAAAGGUAAGGACUGAAACCCGAGUUGGCACACCAGCUGUGUUCCCCCUGCAGGACCUACUGGGCUGAACUGGGCAAACUGGAAAUAUGAAACAACUUUGGUCAUGAAAAGAUGUGAAAUAGAUCUAAAAGGGUUCAAGAAAAGGUUUAGUGUGGGAGAAGGGCUCAGUUUUGACCAGUAUGGACCUCUAACUGGGCCAACUGGAUAUGCAAUAUUUCCUGUGGACACUGAUUGAAUGUUUGGGACUUGAAGUCUAGCAGGUCUGUGGAAAUCUACAUCUAAAGGGAGUUUCAAGAAAUGGUUCAAGGGAAGUCAUAAAUGGCAUGAAACCCUGGUUUGGCCCAGUUCGGCUCUUUGACUGGGCGAACUGGGCUACUGGACAUGUACAGUUUCCCUUAAUAACUAUUUAAAUGUUUGGAAGGAGUUUGGAAGAUGAGCAGCACUGUGGAAGUUAAGACCUACGGAAAUCAGAGAAAUGGUUCAUGGGAAGUCAGAGGUGGGAACUUCAGUCAGCUGACUGGCCCGUGUUGAGUUCCCUGUAGAGCCUACGUGAAAGUUUAGGCAACGCCUAGAAGUUCAGCUGCAGUGUGAAAGUCAAGUUCAAAAGGACUUUGACAAAAUGGUUUAGAGCAAAUCCAUGAGAACAAUAAGCCCCAGUUUGAGUCUUUAACUGGACUUACUGGGCCAGAUGGACAUGUAGAUUUCCCUUUGGAAUCUGUGCGAACAUUUGGACAAAGUCUGAAGGAUCGGCAUCGCUCAGGAAGUCGAGAUGAAGUAGGAGACCGUGAGAUGGUUCAUGGCAGGUCACUGAUGGGACUUCGGUCAGCUACGAAUAGGCUAACUGGACGAGGAAGCUUCGGUUUGGCUCAGUUUAGCCCCUAAACUGGAAAGGUGGUGGAGCUUUGUUCAGAAUUUGUGUAAAAAUUUGGGAAAAGUCUAGACGUUCAAUAGCGCUGGGGCUGACAGGAUCUGAAAGGAACAAUCAGCGAAGGCGGGAAAAUUCCAGUUUGGCUCAGUUUUGCCCUGCGUGGGGAACCCGGGUUUCAAGGUGGUAGUGGUUGUUGGAAUCUUUCACUGUGGAGCUGUGUUGCUCAAAAGGAAAAAACAAACAGAAACGGGUCAGAUAAUCAAAGAUAAAAGGAUCGGGAUUCGGGUAGCAGGUCGUUGACCUUAAAUGAUCAGACUCAACCACACAACGUCCUCUGAUGUCACUUCCUGUACUGGAUCUGUUUGUGAUACAUCAUUUUUAACUUAAUGUUUUUACUAAAUUAAUUUUGUUGUAUCUUCAUGCAAACUCAUUUCAUUGUGUUUUUACAAUGUUCCGACAUUAAAUUGAGUUUAUUGAAGUUAAAUUGACACAUGGAGCGGCAUUAAAGGGGCUAUAUGUGAGUUUUUAUCGCUACGUAGCCAACGUUAGCAUUAUUGGCUGUUUACUUCCCAGUCUGGAAGAAACAUUGCGAGUUAAGCAUCAAACUUCAUCCUUUACUCUCCCAGACCCGGCUCCAGCCGUGGGAAGCAACGCCAACAUUGACUCUGGUUUUGCUUCCAUUUCUAUCACUUCUAUUCUUGUACUGAAGUUAGCAUGCUAACCAGCUAGCCCCGGCCAAUCUCACCACUUUGUGAUAGAGAGUCUCUGUAGCGUCCAGUCUUUCCUCAGUCCAACACGGGAGGACGGAGACGUAGCUCUGCUCAGAGGACGUAUUCUAACCUCUGGUCUUGUAAACACAACGAUGGCUGAAGCUCUUGGUGAGCGACCACCACCACCUGGUGCCGGCAUGAAACCACGCUCAGCGGCAGACAAGACUCACAUAGAGCCCCUUCGAGUGUUGUUCAUUCACCUUCGAUUCAACCAGCUCAGAACAAGACUCGUCAAAGAUUUUUGAACGAAACCGUUCACUGAAAAUGUUUUUACUCCCUAAAAAUUCCUGAAUCGACAGUUUCAGUGACCAGAUGACGAGACGUUUGUAUGACGGAGCUGAUCUUGGUCAAAGGCUGCAGUUAAUGUGGUGGUGGUGGUGGUGGAGAACUCCCAGUCUAGACUGAAAGUAGUCCUGUUUGCCUGUCAGAGACCCACUCAGAGUUUCUAUAAUGUAAUUCUUUAAAUUCACUCGAGCAGUUUUUUUUCUCUUUCAGCUCAUUUUAAGUUGUUUUUGAACCUGAAAAUUCAUUUUGAAAAAACAUUAAUUUAUGUCGACAAUAAAGGGAAUUCUAUAUAUCUUUUUCCCUGAGUGCGGCCUUCCAGGCGCUGCUACCUCUCAGGCUCAGGAACUCUGGCUAGUGUGGUCCUCAACAGUCCUCCGGACCAACCUGGAGGUUCUGGUCCAGCUUUAUGUCCACAUUUUUAUCAGCGAACCUGAGUGGGAUUCUGACACCAAACGCCAAUAUUUUGAGCUUCAUGCUGCGAUUUUCUGUUCACUCUGUGCAAAUAAGAAAUUUCUCUCAACUUGUUUUGCCAUCAGUGUUUUAACUAAAUCCAAUGAGAGUUUUUCUUCUUGUUAAUUUAUCUUUUUGUUGGUCUUUAGUUGUUGUUGCUGUCUAUCUUUGCUAUUUCAUACAGUUGUACAGCUCGUUGUUGUGCGUUUUUAUCAUUAUUAUUCUUACUGUUGCUAUGAAGAUCUUUUAAAGAUAUCUUUGCUUUGUGGAAGACGCUGCCGGCUUCCUGCAUGGAUUUCCCGUGGCUGUUUUUGUAUCUUAUUACCUUUAAGAGUUUGGGGGGAUUGUUUGUCUUUCCUCCCUUGUAACCUGCUGGCUUUUUUUUUUUGUUUGUUAGUUUGUUUGUUAUGUUUUGUUUGCACUUUACUCCUAAAAUUAACGAUUGAAGGUGGGAGGUCGACGUCGGUCCAACCGUGACAAAGAAAACGAACCUGCCCUCCUUUGCCACAAUAAUCAGUGAGAAGCACCUUUACUUUACCUGUGUGAGUUUCUGUUCCUGCCCGAUUGUUUUGUUCGGAGCCUGUUUUGUGUGUGUGUUUGUGCGUUUCUGCUGUUCGUUGAGAAGAGAAACAGAAAAGUGACGGAGGACGGACUCAGAACAUUAAUGUGAAUCUAUUUUCCUACGCUGACUGACUGGAAUAAAGGAUGUGACGU